UAUCUCAAUUAUUAAUAAAAAUAUUUAUCCUAUAAAAAAUUCCAUUAUUCCAAAAAAAAGCACGUAUCGAAAAACGAAUAAAAAUGAUAAAAUUAUUCCAGAAAAAUUGAAUAUGAUGCAGCAAAGAGAAUUCGGAACACUUUUUCAGAAUGAAAAAUCUGAAAAAUAUAAAAAUGAAAUUUUAAAUUCAACAGAAAAAAAAAAUAUAGCAAUUUCAAAAGACAAUCCGCUAUUAAUAUCAGCUGAUUUGUUAGAAAAGAGUUUUCAUAAGAAAAAUUUGGAACGCAAAUCCGAAAUAAAAAAACAACUUUUUGAGAUAUCUUCUAAUACUACUGCUCGACCAAAUUUAAAAAGAAAUUCAUCAGAAGAAGAUGAAAAAGUCAUAAAAAAAGUAAUGCAAGAUCAGAACACAAAAUCUCUUGAUCAGUAUAAUGCACCUUCAUUUAAAUCGCCCACAUCAUGGUAUACUUCAGACACAAUUAAUGAGUACAUUAAAAUGAUAGUAAAACGGUCAGAAGGUGAAGUUUAUGCAGUUGUCACUGAUUUUAUUGUAGCGUAUCUUCGAGGAGGCUAUCCAGCUGUAAGAAGAUGGAUAAAAAAAGAUAUUCACACAAUAAAAUUACUUUUUGUGCCCAUGAAUGUAUAUGGGAGUCAUUGGAUAUUGACAGUAGUUAAUAUACCUGAAAAGACUGUGACAUCAUAUGAUAGUUUUAAGUCGUAUAAUGGUCCCUUAUCCAAUGGUAUUAAAAAAUUUCUUAAUUGAAUGGGAGAUGGACAAAAAAGGAAAAGCUUCUACAUGGACAUUACAAAUAGGCGAGACAUCUCGCCAAACCAAUGGACAUGAUUGUGGGCCAUUUACUGUUGAGCUGGCAGAAAAAAUGUCUCGAGGAGAUACAACACCAAUAAAUGCAAAUUUUAUGCCUUUUAUAAGAUUAAGACACAAAAAUGAAAUUAUUGCUGGCGAGCUAUUCAAUUAAUAUUUUUAUGAAUGAAAUUUUAUUUUUGUAUUUUAUAUCAAUUUUCUUAAUAUUCACUAUAAAUUAAAAUUUUUAUUUUUAUACCACCAAACAUUUUUUUUUACUUUUUCUAUGUUU